UGCGGUAUUACGACCAUGUACUGAAAAGCGAAAGACAAAGUACUUUGUAAAAUGUCGUUGUCAUUGUAAUCGCUCGUAAAUCAAUUGGUGAAUUAAAUGUUAAUUUAAGUGUUCCCUUGACUAUAUUUUGAUAAGAAUUAUUACAUUAUAUUCUUGUACCCUGUACCGUGCAUGAUUUUCUCAAGCUUUUGCUAGUCAGAAAAAAAAGCUUUCAGAUAAAAAUCAAUGUGUUAAUAUCCUCAAACGUCUAAUGCCAUGGAAGGCCAUAGUUCAUCCACAUAUACGUCAUCUCCAUACAAUUCAAUUUAUAAGGAGCAAUUAAACCCCAACCGACAAACGCUGAUUGCAACGCGAAUAGCACGACCUCAAACAGAAUGGCAUCAAAUGCGUAAUGUUUCCGCUACCGUGACAUCCGCUGACUGGAAACCAACAAUACAUGGUGAUUCGGAAUGGCCAGUAUCUCAAUUUGAUUUUCCAGAAGAGUUGAUUAAAACACCUGUCAAUUCAACGGAUCAUUCACUGUCCACCUCUACAUGGCAUGAAACGCUAAAUUAUGAACUCAAUUGGAAUGGCCUGCAUGACUCACCACAGACAUCGAGCAAAGAGUUGAACGAAACCAGUGACGCAGCAUCGCACCAAGACACAUUAAUUGAUCCUACAAUGAGCUUUGGGAAUGUACCGAUAGAGGAAAAUAAGAUUUCGUCACAUGAAAGACCAACAGACCACGAUGAUUUGAUAAGUGUUCCAGUCACAUCACACAUUGCUGCAAAAAUCAAACCGAUCGGAGAGGAGAAAUUUCCAGUAACAAUUAUUCAUCCAAUGAACAUCGGGAAUGUGUCAAUUGAGGAUCGUCGCUACAACAAACCGUUUGAAGCGGAAAAAUGGACAACUCCAGCCUUACCAGCGAAAUUCGUCUUUUCAACAAACAGCAGUAAUGUGGAGAUUGAAGGAUACACUAAUUGGCCUCCACAUAGUUCGGAAGAACAUAUUCUAUCGGAUACAAGCAUUCCGACUGCAUCAAUACCAUCAGAUUUGAUACCACCAAGCCAAAGGCCGAAUAUCGUUCAGACGCCAAAUGUCGUUCAAACGCCGAAUAUCACUCAAACGCCGAAUAUCACUCAAACGCCGAAUAUCACUCAAACGCCGAAUAUCACUCAAACGCCGAAUAUCACUCAAACGCCGAAUAUCACUCAAACGCCGAAUAUCACUCAAACGCCGAAUGUGAAAACGGUGAAAACGCAAAAACGGCCGUACAAACGAAAGGAAAAAAUUCGAGUUCAAUCAAAUGAGCGGAUUAAGCCUAAUCAGAUGACCUCCAAAUCAUCAUUGAAGUUGCCAUUUAAAAACGAAACCGAACCGAAUUCGUUGAAACGAAAAAAUACGGAAACUUUACUGUCACAUGCACCGGCUAAAAUGAACUUCAUCCCACCAACGCGAAAUGAGACCGUAGCGAAUACCACCAGCGUCGCAUCUCUCAAACGAAAGAAUCAGGAAAAAUCGCUGCCUAUUCCAGCCAAAAAACCAGCUGAAUAUAUAAAAAAUGGUCCUGCCGUUACUGACGCUCGUCGAGAUAAGCAGAAUUCGUCAGGCCAAUCGUAUGAGGAUUUUGUCAAAUUUCUUUCGCGCAAUGACGUUUCUGUAUUCAAAGUUCCGCCAUCGCCGGUUCCGACGAAACCAUUGCCUGUUCGGCAGGAGCCAUUGCACAUUGAUUGGGAGAAAUAUCGCAGAAUAUUCAGAAUAAAUAACGUCACGAUCGAACGUGUACGCAACUAAUAUGCGAAAAUAACGACGCCCUUCUUUAAAGUGAUCUUUUUGUUUUAUGUUUUGAAAUAAAACGUUUUUGUAAAAUGUU